AUGACUGCUUAUAUCGAGCUUGCAGCUUCUUGGCUCUUCAAAAACUCCAAGGGCAGAGAUGCGAAAGCUUUCUUCACCACUCCCGCCUUUGCUGAGCAUCCAGACCCUACACUUGCUGUCACGUCUCCAGACUGUGGCCCAGAUGGUGCAACAUUGGGGAAAGACUACAUGCACGGCGGUCAGCACAAGUUUCCAGAGUUAUCCUGGGACUCUCACUCUGGUGUAAGAGAGUGGUUAAUUGUGUCUGAAGACCCAGAUGCUCCCCUGCCAACGCCGAUUUGUCAUGGAAUCUACUUGGGAAUACCCUCUGAGAAAACAAGAGUUGUCGGGAGUGACUUUGAGCCUGUUGAAAAGAGUUCAAAUCGACUCGCGGGAGGCUUCUACUAUGGCGCGAGUCGCAACGGCUCGGUUUAUAUUGCUCCUCGGCCACUUCUGAAUCAUGGCAUUCAUCGAUACUGGUAUGAAGUAAUUGGUUUAAAUGAGCCCUUGGACGAGCAGUUCAAGAUCUCCAAACCGAACAGGGAUCAAGUCGCAGAAGCCAUUCACGGUAAGAUAGUUGUCUGGGGGAGAUGGAUGGGGCAGUGCGAGAGAAGAUGGGAGUGA